CAAACGAAGCAUAAGUGAGUUAACCAAGAAAAAAAAAGGAUAAGAAAACUCUAGUGCUAGAAUAAUGGAUGAUUUAUCUCAAAUUGCUUUCCUUCCAUUUAUGAGUUAUAGAAGUUUGGGGAAAAAAAAUCCUUUCCCAAUUAAAUUUGUAGUAGAGAAGAUGAUGAUUUGACAAUGAUAUUAUUGGACGCGUGCUAAGGAAAGCUCCACUGAAAACGGCCGAUCAUUUAAAAUUUGUUGCAUUCUUUAAACUGAAACUUUCCAAGUAAAAAUACGGCCAAUACUUCCUUGCGGUCCCCCGGUCCUUCCCAAAUGGCAGCAACUCCGAACAAAAUUCCAUCAAUAAAACCUGCAAGCUUUGCUCAAUUCCGUCAAUGGGUCUCUCUCAAAAGCAGUAGAUCUUCUUCAUUGAAAAUCCCCCCAAACCGACAACAAGGCCAAGUUGAGAACGUACACUUGGUUUCUUUAUCUAAACAAAGGAAACUCAAAGAAGCUCUUGACUUCCUCAAACAAAUGGAGGAAGCCGACGUUCCGGUCAACCCCCACUCCUAUAAAUCCCUUCUUGACACCUGUAGCAAAAUGAAAUCUUUGUCAGAUGGUAGAUUGAUUCACGACCGUUUGCUAAGGACAAUGGAGAACCCAUCUGGGUUUCUCGAGAAUUGUCUCUUGCAGAUGUACUGUGACUGUGAGAGCUUUUGGGAUGCGGAGAAACUGUUUGAUGAAAUGGUUGAAAAAAAUCUAGCGUCUUGGGUUAUUCUUAUUUCUGCUUACUCACAAAAAGGUCAUUUGAAGAAAUCUUUCGGGUUAUAUUCACAAAUGAUUGAGUUGGGAAUUACACCGAAUUCAACUAUUUUUACCAGCCUCUUGAAGAGUUUAUUAGAUCCUUCUACUUUGGAGAUUGGGAAACAGGUGCAUUCUCUCGUUAUAAGAACUGGGGUAAGCACCAAUGUUUCUGUCAUCACAGCAGUUUCCAAUAUGUACGUGAAAUGUGGGUGGUUAGAAGGGGCUAAGCUCGUUUUUGAUCACAUGGUUGAAAAGAAUGCCGUAGCUUGGACGGUAUUGAUAAUGGGGUAUACCCAAGCUGACAAACAGAUAUAUGCUUUGGAAUUGUUUAAUGGAAUGGUAAAGGAAGGUGUUGAAUUGGAUGAGUUUGUAUUUUCUAUUGUCCUUAAAGCGUGUGCUGGAUUGAAGGAUUUGAACUUAGGGAGGCAAAUUCAUGGUUAUAUUGUUAAAUUUGGGUUGGAAUCUGAGGUUUCUGUUGGAACCUCUGUUGUGAGUUUAUAUGUCAAAUGUGCAUGUUUUGAAUCUGCUUGUCAAGCAUUUGAAAGGAUAGCUGAACCGAAUGAUGUUUCAUGGAGUGCUAUAAUCACUGGCUACUGCCAAAUUGGUAAAUUUGAGAAAUCACUGAAGAUUUUUAACUCAUUAAGGAUUAAAGAUGUGGUUUUGAAUUCAUUUGUAUAUACUAGCAUUUUCCAAGCAUGUUCUGCUCUUGCAGAUUUUAACAUGGGUGCCCAAGCUCAUGCAGAUGCAAUAAAAAAAGGUUUAGUUUCAUGUCUUUACGGAGAGAGCGCAAUGAUUACUUUGUAUGCAAAAUGUGGUAGAUUGGACUAUGCAAAUCGAGCCUUUGAGUCUAUAGGUGAUCCUGAUACUGUGGCUUGGACCGCAAUAAUUUGUGCUCAUGCUUAUCAUGGCAAUGCUUCUGAAGCCCUAAGGCUUUUCAGAAGGAUGCAGGACUCUGGUGCAAGGCCAAAUGAAGUUACAUUUGUGGCGGUUUUAACUGCAUGUAGUCAUUCUGGUUUGAUUACAGAAGCUAAGCUGUGUUUGGAGUCAAUGAGUUGUGAAUAUGGUGUGGAACCAACUGUUGAUCAUUAUGAUUGUAUGAUUGAUAUAUACUCUCGUGCUGGGCUGCUUCAGAAGGCAUAUAAACUGAUAAAGAAUAUGCCCUUUGAACCUGAUUCAAUGAGUUGGAAAUGCUUACUGGGUGGAUGUUGGAUCCACAGAAAUCUUGAACUUGGAAAAGUGGCAGCAGAAAAUCUACUUCAGCUGAAUCCAGAUGAUACUGCAGGUUAUAUUUUGAUGUUUAACGUAUAUGCUUCAUCUGGGAAAUGGGACGAAGCGGCUGAUAUAAGAAGUAUGAUGGGUGCAAGAAAGUUGAAAAAGGAACUUAGUUGCAGUUGGAUUACUGUCAAGGGUAAGGUGCAUCGAUUUUUAGUGGGUGAUAAACACCAUCCUCAGACAGAGGAAAUCUAUGGAAAGUUGAAAGAAUUAAACCAUUCUGUUUUGAAGGGUGAAAGUGUCCUUCUAACUGAAGAGGAUGUAUCAUUUGGUUUGCCUGAGCGGAAGGACCAGCUUAUGGACCACAGUGAGAGACUUGCCAUAGCAUUUGGGCUCAUAUCCGUACCAAGCAAUGCUCCUAUAAUUGUUUUCAAGAAUCUCCGGGCAUGUAAAGACUGCCAUGAUUUUGCAAAACAUGUAUCCAUGGUUACAGGCCGCAAAAUCACUGUUAGAGAUUCCUGCAGAUUCCAUCACUUCCAUUUAGGGCAAUGCUCUUGCAAUGACUAUUGGUGAUUCUUGCAACUUUUCUGCCACGAGGUAGGGUGAUUACCGUUUACAAUUGUUCUAUUUUAGUUGUAUCUUUAUGUACUUGUUUGGAACAGAGAUUUAAAUUGAGUUCGAAAAUGCGUUUUGAGUUGCGUUUGUAUUGUGGUUGCAGAUAUAAUGAAAACCAUUUCGAUUAUUG